AUGUCCCCUUCUUCCUCGCCAGAGAUCAAGGCGUUGGUCGUCUGGAACAUUUGCCGCUCACCGAUGGGUGAAGCAGUUCUAAAGGAUGUGGCUAAGAAGCGAGGGAUUGACAUCACUGUCGACAGCUGUGGUACGGCUGGCUAUCAUGUCGGCGAGGAGCCAGAUGAACGGACCGUUGCAGUUUGCAAGAAGCACGGUGUGACUAUAAACAGCUUAGCUCGCCAAGUUAGCACGUCAGACUUCAUCCGCUUCACACAUGUCCUCGCCGCGGACGAAAGCAACCUUCGCAACUUGACAAGGAUAAAACCAUCCAACACUACUGCUGAAGUCCGACUCUGGGGAUCAUACCUUGAUAACAAACCUAUACCAGAUCCCUACUAUGGUGGAAUAGAUGGUUUUGAGAAAGUCUAUCAGCAAUGCGUCCGACUAUCAAAUGCUUUUCUAGACAACGUCACAGGGAAAUCAGCCUCUUCUUGA